AUGGCUCCUGAACAACUUUUAAAUACUCUUGACGUUCAAUCAAAAAAUGAAAUGAACCUAGAAGAAGAAGAAUCGGAUGAUGAAGAAUCAUCAAAAUCAUCAACUACAAAACAUGACAAAUCACGAAAAAUAACUCAUAGUGAAAUUGAACGUCGUCGUCGAGAAAAAAUGAAUCGUUAUAUAGAUGAAAUAGCACAAUUACUUCCAAUGGAUGCAGUUAAAAAACUUGAUAAAUUAACUGUUUUACGUGUUGCUGUUGAUACAAUAAAACAUUUAAAAGGUACCACUUCAAAAGUUUCAUCAGGUGGUUUUGAUAAACAAAUAUAUUUAAAUGAUAAUGAAUUACUUGAAUUAAUCUUAGCAACAAUUGAUCAAUUAGGUACAUAUUUUUUUCUUAUAAUUGAAUGUCAACAAGGUCGAAUUUGUUAUGCAUCAUGUUCAACUGAAACAAUACUUGGAUAUAAAUCAAAUGAAUUAUGUUUAAAAUCAAUAUUUGAUGUUAUCUGUCCAGAUGAUAUUGAAAUAGUUAAACAACAAUUAAUGUGUGAAAAAAAGACAUCAUUAAAUACCUAUGAAAAUUCAUCAACUGAUUCGAAAAAUGCUCCUUUAGUAGCAACAAAACAAAAUUGUUUAGAAGUAGGUAAUCGACGUACAUUUUCUUGUCGUAUUAAAUCGAAACCAAAACGAUCAAAUAAAACAACAACAACGACUCAUCAAAUAGAUAAUUAUAGUACAAUAGAUUUUGUUGGUUAUAUAAAACAAUAUUCUUUAACUAAUGAUAAUCAAACUGAAAUAAAAACACGAACUGAUCGUCGACAUUCAAAUAUUAGUAUAUUAACACCAUCCGAUGUUGUAAAUGCCAUUGGAAAUAAUCCGGUUUCAUGUCUAAUAACAAUGGGUAAUUUAUGUAAACGCAUUGAAAAAUCGAAUCAAACUUAUGAAAAUACCAAUACUAUUGAUAGAAUGUUUUUAUGCAAAUUAAAUCUUGAUGGACAAUUUACAUAUUUCGAUCAAAUAUCUUAUUCUCUAUUGGGGUAUUUAUCACAAGAUCUUCUUGGUAUGAAUUUAAAAGAUUUUGUACAUGAAGAUGAUCGACAUAAAAUAAGUGACGUAUGGAGUCGAGUCUGUCGUGACCGUCAGAUGGUAACAAGUGGUGAUUAUCGUUUUCGUACGAUAGAUAAUUCAUAUGUUAUUCUACAAACAAUAUUUGAACCUUUUGUAAAUCCAUGGAAUGAUGAAAUUGAAAUAAUUGUUGCACGAAAUAAAACUAAAAAUUUUAGCAUAAAAUCUGCUCGAACGCAUACGCCUAUUGAAAAUGACAAUCCAUGUACUGAUGAUGUUGAUUCACCAGGGACAUUAGAUUCAAAUGAAUUUAUUCGUCAAUUAUUCCCGUAA